UUCCAGUCCUGCCAAUGGUUUCUGUAAGGUAACCAGAAUCUAACCUCAGACUCAGACGUUGUAUUAAUGAAUAACUAUGGCGGCUGGCCCGAUUGCCGAACGUAAUCAAGAUGCCACGAUAUACGUGGGUGGCCUCGAUGACAAAGUUACAGAAUCCCUUAUGUGGGAACUGUUCGUCCAGUCAGGACCAGUGGUCAAUGUCCACAUGCCAAAGGACAGGGUGACCCAAAUGCAUCAAGGCUAUGGGUUUGUUGAGUUCAUGGGGGAGGAAGAUGCGGACUAUGCCAUUAAAAUAAUGAACAUGAUCAAACUCUAUGGGAAACCAAUUAGAGUGAACAAAGCAAGUGCUCACCAAAAGAAUUUGGAUGUGGGGGCCAACAUAUUUAUCGGUAAUCUUGACCCAGAAGUGGAUGAAAAGCUGCUGUACGACACCUUCAGUGCCUUUGGAGUAAUUCUACAAACACCAAAGAUAAUGAGAGAUCCAGAGACUGGAAAUUCCAAAGGUUUCGCAUUUAUUAACUUUGCCUCUUUUGAUGCAUCGGAUGCCAGUAUAGAAGCCAUGAAUGGCCAGUACCUAUGCAACAGACCCAUCUCUGUAUCAUAUGCAUUCAAACGCGACGCCAAGGGCGAAAGACACGGCAGCGCAGCCGAGCGAUUACUGGCAGCACAGAACCCCUUGAGUCAAGCCGACAGGCCCCAUCAACUUUUCGCGGACGCACCCCCAUUGGCGCCUCCCCCAAUGCCGAAUUCCAGCGCGGCGGCUCAUCAACAGAGUCAUCAUCCUCAACAUCACGUGAUGCAUCACGGAAUGGUCGUUCCACCCCCGCCACCUCCAUCGACCCCAGGACCCCCGAUGGGACACCCUCCACCUCCUCCAGUUCCACCACCGCCGUCCAGUGGUUUUCCUCCAGCAAACAUUCCUCCGCCCCCUCUGCCUCCCAUGUCAAUGACAGCCCAUCCACCUUUACCCCCUGGAAUGCCACCCCCGUUGCCGCCGAUGCCAGUUCCUACAUCGCAGUCGCAACAAACGAACCCCAGGAUGAUGGCACCUCCGCCUCCUCAUUGGGGCGUCGGUGGUCCUCCUCAGGGUCAGUUCCCACCACCACCACCACCCUCCGCCACCGGAGCACCACCGCCCCCGCAGUUUGGACAAUUCCAACCUCCUCCACCCAGGCCUCCACCUGGCUGGAGACAUCCACCGCCUCCUCCUGUGUCCCAGGGUGGACCUCCACCGCCACCGCCACCCCAAUUCCGUCCACCGUUCCCUCCCAGAGGUCCUCCGCCUCCGCCACCUCCGCACGAUUCCAAUCAAUAUUAGUUUUACCUCUCGUUCGGACUCCUGACACCUUUGCCAGUCACUUUGUAAAUGUAAUAUAAGCAUUUCUACUGUGUUCAUUGUACAAACGUGCGUUUCAUAGCAGAAUUUCCAUAAUAAAUUUCCUAAUCGACGA